CACACACACACACACACACACACACACACACACACACACACACACACACACACCCACACUGACAAUUCCACUGGCUAUGACGUCCAACGGAUGCCUCCAUCCUCGCUGCCAUUUUUCGACUCCUAAUCUGUGACAACGGGGCACCUUCGAUGCUCGUCCUCCAACGUUGGUUCACGAGAGCGACGUGACUCCCGCAGCGCCGUCAUCGCGUAGCCGCCCUGGCCGGCUCUGACAACGUUGCCGUGGCGACCCCCGCCCAACAUCAUCAUCCUCCUCCUUUUCUCUUCCCCCUCCCUCCCCGAGCACGCACGCACACACCCACGCCGCACGCAACGACACGAGCGGUAUUCCCGCCGCGCCCCUUCGUGUGGCGCCGGAUGAAUAAUCCAUGUGGAGGCAGUUGAGCGGGGGAAUGCCGGCCAGGGGGGGGCGACGACGCCAUGUGCGUCCCUCGUCCUUUUUCCGCUCGCCGUGGAUUCCCGCAUGAUGGGCUCCGGUCGCGAAUCCUCCACUUGGACGCCGACGGCUUUGGCCGGCGGUCCUUCUGACUUUUUGGAUUGAGCGCGACCACGAAACGAGGCCAUGUCGGAGACGUGAGGAAAGGACGCCAUUCGUGACGACUCAACGCGGCGCGACACCUUUUCCCGGGAGGGACUCUCGCCUCAUUCCUCCGGAGGACUUUUCAAGCUCAGGGAAGUCGCCAUGUUCUGCUUCUGCUUCCAGAGCCCCUCCCUCAAGCUCCAAGCCCUGGAGGCUGAUUUUAGCCCCCCCGGCUUGGAGCAAGAAGACCCCCCAGAGCAGAAGAACCUGCCAGCCCACCAGCAGCCUCUCUUGAGCGGGCAGCAGCCGAGCCCGCGUUUCCAGCACGAGCCGCUCCUCCACUCGCCUCCGACAACACCAGCUCAGGACACCAUCGACUCAUCGCGGCGCACAGCCCCGUCCCAGGAUUCUUGGUGCACUCCCGCUGCGUCCGGCGCCUCCCCUCCCGAGGGAGCCCCGGGAAGCGGCGACCCCCCAGCCAGCUCGCCGGGCGGCCCUCCCCUGCUCUCCCUCUCCGCUUUCACCACCGGCGAGUGCCCCGUCCCGUCGCCUCGCUGCCCCAACCUGAGCGGCAGCCUUCGCUACAACCUGGACCCCGACGCUGCCCCGUCGCCGCCGUGCUCGCAGCAUCUCCGCAUGGCGCGCUGCAGCGUCCGCGCCGAGGCAGCCGACUGCUCCCUGUCCGUGUCCGUGUUGAAAAGACACGUUCAGACUUUGAGGAGGAGGAUCAGACAGCUGGAGGAGCAUUUUGAGCAGGAGCGGCUCAAGCCUUCCUGUUAUGACAAGACCGCACAUCCUGAAGUUGCCCGACUGAUCAAGGAGCUUCUGAAGAGCCGCAAGCAGCUCAAAGAGCUGAAGCUGUGUCAAGCGGCGGAAGGCGUCUCCAAGGCCGCUUUCGACCCGGCGGCGCUCGAGAAGGGCCGUCCGCCCGGCGAGGCGGCGCAGCUCCGGCAAGUCAACAACAACAGCAACGCCAAACCCAGCGUGGAGGAAACGCUGCACGUCAUCGGCACCACGCUGACCGAGAGGCGGCGGGAGCUCCGCCUGCCCGACGCCAUCCAGGAGAUGAACCGGUCCCAGAUGAGCUUGGAGAAGUCCAGCCUGCAAAAGUCGUUGCUCUACUUUGAGAGUCUGCACGGACGCCCGAGUAGCGUGAGCGAGCGGUCGCUGGUCAGACCUUUGUACGAGCGCUACCGCCUCCUCAAAGAGCUGCUGCUUUCCUCCGCCACCCCCACACUCAUCACCACCAUCGAGGAAGAGGAGGGCUCCGACGACGACCACCCCAAAGAGCAAAAUCCGAGGCAGCAGAGCGUGCCAUUUGAGGGGCCGCUGCCCCCUCCCACCUUGGAAGCGUCCGACACGCCGCUGGUGUCGCCUUUGGAGGAAGUCGAGUGUCUCCAGCCGCAGAUCGUCACCAUGGCAACACUCCAUGAGGCCUCCAGAUUGGAAUUACUGGAUCAUCUGCGGGUCACCCGCUUGGAAAAACGGAGGCUCCACCGAGCACUGCGGGAGUUUGAGGAGCUUUUCUAUACCCUGAGUGGCAGGGUCUGUCAGAAGGAAGACCGUGGGCCCAUGGCGGAGGAGUACUGCCAGUACAAGAACCUCAAAGCCAAACUGCGCCUGCUGGAGGCCCUGCUCAGCAAAAAACAGGACACGGCCAAAAGCAACUGAGCUUCGCAGUAGAGCGCUUGGUCCAAAGCCAACAGGACUUGGUCACGACGAUGACAAAGGUAAUGACGAUGCACUUUACAGGAGGACAGUGGCGUUGGAAGUUAUUUAUUUUUCGUCCAAAAAGCACAAGAUGAAGCAAGUGGAUGUUGUCGACGAGCUUUAGGACCCUGAAUGCAACGAUGAUGCUUUUGUACAUUGGGACUUUUGUAAAUAUUCAUUUUGGCGUGUCAUGGCACUGACUUUAUUUUUGUCUGAUUGUGGAAUAUGCAUUUUCUAAAUAAAAAAAAAAGCAUCAAUUGCAUGAGGGAGUAAUAGGGCCACACUGAAGGGAGAUGAGAAAAAGUCUCAUAGCACAGUUGGC